UUUUCUUAGACAUCAUAUGCAGACAGUUGGAAGGACUGAAGCAGCAGCUUCCUUGGAUUUGUCCACCAGGGAAGUCAGAGAAAAUGACUUGGCUCCUUUUCAGAACACCAGGGGCUCUGGCCAUUUUAAUGGUGCUCAUAUUGGUUCAUGGAGAAUUGCGAAUAGAGACAAAGGGUCAACACGGAGAAGAUGAUACUGCUGUACAAGGCAAAAGGAGAUACAAACGUGAAUGGGUGAAAUUUGCAAAACCCUGCCGAGAAAGAGAAGACAACUCGAAAAGGAAUCCAAUUGCCAAAAUUACUUCAGAUUUCCAAGCAACCCAGAAAAUUACCUACCGAAUUUCUGGAAUGGGAAUUGAUCAACCCCCUUUUGGAAUCUUUGUUGUUGACAAAAACACUGGAGAAAUUAACAUAACAGCCAUAGUUGAUCGUGAGGAAACUCCAAGCUUCCUGAUCACGUGUCAUGCUCUAAAUGCCCUAGGACAAGAUGUAGAGAAACCACUUAUACUAACGGUUAAAAUUUUAGAUGUCAAUGACAAUCCUCCAGUAUUUUCACAAAGUAUAUUUGUGGGAGAAAUUGAAGAAAAUAGUGCUUCAAACUCACUGGUGAUGAUACUAAAUGCCACGGACGCAGAUGAACCAAACCACUUGAACUCUAAAAUAGCCUUCAAAAUUGUCUCUCAGGAACCUGCAGGCAUACCCAUGUUCCUCCUAAGCAGACACACUGGGGAAGUCCGUACUUUAACCAAUUCUCUUGAUCGAGAGCAAGUUAGCAGCUAUCGGCUGGUUGUGAGUGGUGCCGACAAAGAUGGAGAAGGGCUAUCAACUCAAUGUGAAUGUAGUAUCAAAGUGAAAGAUGUUAAUGAUAAUUUCCCAGUGUUCCAAGACUCUCAGUAUUCAGCACUUAUUGAGGAAAAUACUUUAAGUUCUGAGUUGCUUCGAUUUCGAGUUACAGAUUGGGACGAAGAAUUCACAGAUAAUUGGCUUGCAGUGUAUUUCUUCACCUCUGGAAAUGAAGGGAAUUGGUUUGAGAUACAAACUGAUCCGAGAACGAACGAAGGCAUCCUGAAGGUGGUUAAGGCUCUAGAUUAUGAACAACUACAAAAUGUACAACUUGGUAUUGCUGUCAAAAACAAAGCUGAAUUUCACCAAUCAAUAAUUUCUCAGUAUCGAGUGCAGUCAACCCCAGUCACGAUCCAAAUAGUCAACAUUAAAGAAGGAAUUACAUUCCGUCCUGCUUCCAAGACAUUUACUGUGCAGAAAGGCAUAAGUAGUAAAAAACUGAUCAAUUAUGUUCUGGGAAUGUAUCAAGCCAUUGAUGAGGAUACUAACAAAACUGCCUCAUAUGUCAAGUAUAUCAUGGGACGGAAUGAUGGUGGUUUACUAUUCAUUGAUUCAAAAACUGCUCAGAUCAAAUUUGUCAAAAACAUCGAUCGGGAUUCUACUUUCAUAGUUAACAGGACAAUCACAGCUGAGGUUCUGGCCAUAGACGAAAACACAGGUAAAACAUCUACAGGCACCAUAUAUGUUGAGGUACCUGGUUUUAAUGAAAAUUGUCCAACAAUCAUCCUUGAAAAGAAAACAAUUUGUAGUUCACAACCUUCUGUGGUUGUCUCAGCUAGAGCACUAGACAAUAAGUAUUCUGGUCCCUACACGUUUUCUCUGGAGGAACAACCACUAAAAUUGCCAGUUGUCUGGAGUAUCACAACACUCAAUGGUACUUCCGCACUCCUAAAUGCCCAGCAGCCACUGUCUCCUGGAUCGCACAGUAUCUCCCUCACAGUUACCGACAGUCAGGACAGACAAUGCGAGACACCAGAGAGCCUGACUCUGGAAGUCUGCCAGUGUGACAACAGGGACACCUGCAAAACUUCAGAGAAGAAUAAAGACCCUGGAUACACAGCUGGAAACAGAACAUCAGGGAGGCUGGGGCCUGCUGCCAUCGGCCUGCUACUCCUUGGUCUUUUGCUGUUGCUAUUGGCCCCCCUUCUGCUGCUGACCUGUGACUGUGGGAUGGGUCCUAUCCGGGGAGUGACAGGAGGAUUUAUUCCGGUUCCUGAUGGUUCAGAAGGAACAAUUCAUCCGUGGGGAAUUGAAGGAGCCCAUCCUGAAGACAAGGAAAUCACAAAUAUUCGCGUGCCACCUAUCACUGCCAAUGGAGCUGAUUUCAUGGAAAAUUCUGAAGUUUGUACGAAUAUAUACGCUGGAGGGACAGUGGUGGAAGGAACCUCGGGAAUGGAACUGACCACCAAACUUGGAGCAGCUACAGGAUCUGGAGCCGCUGGAGGGUUUGGAGGAGCCACUGGACUUGGCAUUGGUUCUGCAGGACAGUCUGGAACAAUGAGAACAAGGCAUUCUACGGGAGGAACCAAUAAAGACUAUGGUGAAGGAGCAGUAAGCAUGAAUUUCCUGGACUCCUACUUUUCUCAGAAAGCAUUUGCCUGUGCAGAGGAAGACGAUGCCCAGGAAGCAAAUGACUGCUUGCUGAUCUAUGAUAAUGAAGGAAUGGGUGCCCCCGGUUCUCCCGUGGGCUCCUUGGGUUGUUGCAGUUUUAUUGCCGAUGAGCUGGAUGACAGCUUCUUGGACUCGCUCGGCCCCAAAUUUAAAAAGCUUGCAGAGAUAAGCCUCGGGAUCGAUGAGGAAGCCCAACGAUUUCAGCCACCUUCCAAAGACAGCCAUUUGGGCAUGGAACCCUGUGGCUGUUCCCUAGGAGUCCAACAGCCAGAAUCUGUUAGGGGCCAGACUUUGUCAGGCAGUCAAGGAACUUCUGCUUUGUCUGCUUCCGGCUCUGUUCUGCAGCCAGCUAUUUCCAUCCCUGACCCUCUGCAGCAUGGUAGCUAUUUGGUAACAGAGACUUACUCGGCCUCUGGUUCUCUCGUGCAACCUUCCACUACAGUCUCUGAGCCACUUCUCACGCAAAAUGUAAUAGUGACAGAAAGGGUGAUUGGUCCCAUUUCCAAUGUUCCUGGCAACCUACAGACUCCGAUGGAGAUAAGGGGGUCACGUAAUAUGAUCUGUAUAGAAGAUCCUUGUUCCCGUCUGAUAUGACCAGAAUGAACUGGAAUAACAUAUUGGCUGAAUAUAUUAUUUGGACCAAAUUGUUCAAAGGAGCAUAGCAAAGCUCACAGAAUUGGUCUAAUUGGGCACUUAUUUUGGACUCUCCUAAACCGAUCUUGAUCAGUUUAAAUUUUCUAGUUAAUAUCCCCAAACUGGGUCAUGUUGUCACUCUCACUUCUCAAAUACCAUUCAAGUGGUAGUAAAUCUGGAUGUUUCUCAAAAAAUCUUAAGAUUAUAUUCAGUGGGAAAAUUCCAAUUAAUAAUUAACAACUUUUAAACUUCUAUUUUUGCAGUACCAAAGAAAUGUAUUUGUCCAUUUAAAUAAAAUGCAGCGUGUUUUAUUGGAUUAAGCACUUGGAGUCAAGAGCCCCAGUUCUUGUCUCCGUCACCUUUUCUUAUGUCACUAAUAACGACGUAAGAGUCAUAAGGUCUUUGCUAAAGCAUUUUGAGCUGCUUGGAAAAGGGAAAUAGUUGCCGCUGAGUUGUCAUCUUCUCGGUGUUGGGAGACCCUAAGUGCAUCUUUUGCUCAAGCUAAGGGCUACUGGCUUAUGCAUUAAACUUGCUAUAUCUAUAUCCCUCCAUUCUCAAAAUACAGUUUGAUAAGAAAAUAUCAUAGAGCAUUUAGGAAAGUUUAGUAUGGUGUAAAUAUUUUGUGUUUUUCUAAAUUACUUUGAAAGGAUCUAUCCAAAGAAAAUAUCUUACUUUGAGCUCCUUUGUAUACAUUUCUCACUACAAAUCUUGUGUUAAUAGUUCUUGAAAAUUACUCUCUAUUUUUUAAAUAUCAGUGAGUAGGUGUAAUUUGCAUAUGACAUAUAGUGAUGUUUAUUAUGUUAACAAUGUCUACAGACUUUGUGAGAAUACAAAACAUGGUUUUUCUCAUAAGGAAAAGAGGCCUCUGACUAGAUUAACAUACGGUGAAAUUUUUGAAUAUGUAUUAUAAGCCCCGUUUCAAGUCAAAAAGGGAGAUGGAAAGGGAUUAUCAUUAACCUCUAUUUUAUUAAGCCUCAGUCCUUUGAAACAGCUACAACAACUAAAUUCUCUAGCAAAACAAUGAAGAUUUUGAAUUCAUUACUUCAUACAUGUUGCCAUGAUAGCAGUGCAGCUCUUCAAAUCAUUUCAGGUCAUUCAUCUUCAGCCUUUAGCCCCUAGAGAACACCCUACCUUCUUAAUCAACAUUCUUGUCUUAGCUGAGUCUUUACAAGGUCAUUGUCCAGCUCCACUAUCUCUAAUUGUAUAUAGAAGAUUUCUCCCUGUUUUGUUGCCAUAUUCAAAAUCUAUUUGUUUUUCCAGAUGGAAUGCAAAGUAAUAAAGUGUCUUUUAACACAGAAGGAUACAGUCCUAAGCCUCCCUGGGGGGAAAGAGACCUCCUAAAUGUCCCUACAUCUAACAUCCUUCUCUCUCCCUGGUGUCAUGCAUGACUACCAGGAAGGUAUGUGCUAGGAUGGCCAAGAAGAGCGGGCAAUCUGUUCUUUUAAGAUAAUCCUGCUGUUUCAACAACACCUGCAGUGUGCCCAUCUUGAGGUGAGGGGGCUUAGACCCUGUGGAGCAGCUGCCAGGUCCUGAGGAAGCUGCCUUGCUAUUAUCACUGUGGCCUCUUCUCAAUGGAAGCUUGUCCUGGAGUCUAGAUCACACAUGGUUGACUUGUGCUUCUGUGAUGCAUGAGAAUUAAAUUAAUAAUCAUAAUAAUCCUUAUUUCAAGUUCAAAAGUGUCUUCAGGAUCCUCAAAGAAUUUUGGCGUUGCCUCUUAAAUCCCAACUUAUGAUGAAAUGGGAAUUUUGCUGCAUUGCCAAACUACAGAGGAAACUAUGUCACUGUAGUAAAGGCUCUGUAAGGGAAAAAUUGAAAUUAAACGUGUUUUAAAAUAAAAAUAGACUCAUCUUGUCUAGAAGGACCUCAAAUUGAAUUGCCAUGUAAAAGUAAAUUCAAAGCAAAAAUGUAUCUGUAUUUUUUCACCAAAAAUAAAAAUUGUUUUAAGCAAAAAAAAAAAAAAGAAAAAUGUUUAAAACUGCCUUUUUACUUGAUGUAUUAUAAAUUUUAAACAGUAUAUGCUGAAACUUUAACAGUAUAACACUAGGAUAAUAAAACCGUUGGCAACA